AUGGGAGAAUUUUUGAAGUAUGCUGCAAAUAGGGGAUCGUGAGUUGUUUGCAUAAGCAAUGAUAGCGAAGUGUGGAAAUUUUGUAUAUUGGAUGUGGGUAAUUUUAAAAUCAAGAAAACGUUCUACCAUUAUUUAUCGUUUUCGAAUUUAAAGGCAGUUUGCUAUUGAAACUGCAUUUAUUUCAUCAUGAUAUGAAGAGGUCUUACUGCCAGUUCUGUGUAUAGGUGAAAUUUUAUUGAAAAUAGAGGACUAAUUUUAUCAGCGAUAAGCCAAGUAAACAUAAAUUUAAUUAUAUUUUUUAAGAUUAAGAUGCUAUGUGGCUAUAAGUGGGAUCCCCACUCAUCGGAAUUACCUUGACUCCAGGAAAGGUACCAAUUCUGGGUGCGUGCACACUAGAUCACAAAUAGUAAGGCCACUCGAAAAUUCGGCCUUCUUGAAUUUUAUGGAGAGACUCAUCUAAGUUUAGGAUUAGCUCCCCAGACUAGAGAGGCCCUCUCUUGGAUGCCCGAUAGUUCCGAUAGACGAAUAAUAUGUGAUAGGCAAAGCUUUAUCUAGCCCACUUGACAGGGACAGGAAAACCUUCGAAGGAGAAACAAAAAUUUUUCUCUUCGGCAUGCAUCCCAAGUCGAAAGGCCUACUGAAAAGGGACAGAUGAUCUGCUUUAGCUUCAUUAGGAUGAGUCCUACCUUCUCCCAUAGGGAGUACGCCUUAAAGAUCAAUUUCCGUCAGUGUCACCAUUUAUUUCUUUUUUUUUAAGGAAUCACUUUUAUUAUUUAAUGCUAGUGCUCGAAGCUUUCACAAAUAUGAUAUUGCUAUAGGAAUCUAUCAGAAAUAUCAAUUCACCCAUCAGCCCUGCAGCCAUUUGAUUUCUUUUUUACAGGAAAUUCUAGGAUUUAUGCAGUAG